AAAAAAUUAUAUUGUCAUAAUAUUGUUGUGUCAAAGCGUAUAUUUAAAGUGUUUUCUAAGAAAAUAAGAAUUAUGAGUGAUACCGACGAUACCCAGUUUCAAAGGUCCGUGGAAGAAACAAAAAAAAAGAAACGAGGGGUUAGAAAUGACGAAAAUUAUAAAAGGAAUGUUAUUAAGAAAAGGUGCAGAGUUCAGGGGAAGGCUUACAUAAAUUACAGUGAAAAUGCUGUAAAUGCAAGAAAGCUUGGAGACGAAUGCCGCGAUAAUUGUCUCGGGCAAAACAAAAAUCAUACCAUGAUACGCAUGUGUACAGCAUCAGUUGAAACUAAUAGAUAUAAAAAAGUAGAACAAUUUUUUCCGAUCAAAGAGCAUUCCUUCUUGCCUAAUAACCGAGACUUCGGUGUCAUUAAACGACGUUUAAAGCGAUCCGAUCGUAUAUUUUCUGUUCACGAAUACACUGAAAUAAUAAUAGCUUCAAAAACUCCUGGAUAUGUCAUGUGCUCAGAAUUUAUUGGAGGUCUGACGGACCAUACUUAUAAGAUCCAUAUGCCAAGAAAUGUCGAAAGAGUUCCGGUUAGAAUGCCUGAAAAAAACCCCCAUCAAGAGAAAGUUCCAAUAUUGGAAACAAAAAUAACGGAUUUCGGUAAAGAGAUGUCAUGCGUUCCAGAGGAAUAUCACCCAUUCUAUCAAGAAAUUUUGGAAUGGCCUACAAAAGUUUCCAAAAAGGAAGAGAUGGAAUUCCAAGCUUAA